AUGAAUAUCAAACCUCCAAAACUAAAGGAUGGCAAAUACUCGGAUUGGUUAUUGGUUUUUGAAAGGAUCGCAAAAAUCAAUAAUUGGAACAACGAUGAGAAGCUAGGGCACGCCCUCAUGUGCCUUAGUGGAUCUGUACAAGCUUGGGCUGUUCGAACAUCACAUGAAACUUGGGAAUCCUUUAUACGCGAAUUCAAAUUACGAUAUAUGAAAAACAUCUAUACACUUCAAAUCAAGGAAAACGAGGACAAUUCUGCUUUUUUUUUUUUCUCGGAAUUCUCAGCCAGUCCAAAGAAUAUACGGUGUUAUCCAUUCUUAACGUUGUGUCCUUGUAAUGUGAAUGAAAUACGAUCAUUUUUGGGAACAAUUGGAUAUUAUCGAAGGUUUAUCAAGGAUUAUGCUGCAAUUGUUUUGAAGAUCAAUUUCAAACAGCAAUAUCAGAUCUACCGCUUCAAACUGGAGUGUUGGGUAUAA